CCCAAGUAGAACCUUUUUAUGUCUUGCACGUUACAUGAUUCUUACCAGCUUGGAGGUGACAUGUGGCUUCUAACGACUCUGCUACUUUGGGUUCCAGUUGGUGGGCAAGUAGUUAAUGCCACAAAGGCUGUGGUCACCUUGCAGCCCCCAUGGCUCAGCAUUUUCCAGGAGGAAAAUGUCACUUUGUUGUGUGAGGGACCUCACCUGGGAGACAGUUCCACAAAGUGGUUUAUCAACAGCACAGCCAUUCAGAUCUCCACACCUACCUAUAGCAUCCUCAAGGCCAGUUUCAAGGACAGUGGUGAAUACAAGUGUCAGACAGGUCUCUCAAUGCCAAGUGACCCUGUGCAGUUGGAAAUCUACAGAGAUUGGCUGCUACUCCAGACCUCCCGCAGAGUCCUCACAGAAGGAGAGCCUCUGGCCUUGAGGUGUCACCCGUGGCAGAAUAAGAAAGUGUACAAUGUGGCUUUCUAUCGAAAUGGAAAAUCCCUUGACUUUUCUCAAGGUUCAGAGGUCACCAUUCUGAAAACCAACCUGAGUCACAGCGGCAUCUAUCACUGCUCAGCCAUGGGAAAAAACCUCUUCAAGUCGGCAGGAGUGUCUGUCACCGUGAAAGAGCUAUUUGCCACACCAGUGCUGAGAGUGUCCUUGUCAUCUCCCUUCCCGGAGGGGAGUCUGGUCAUCCUGAACUGUGAGACAAGAUUGUUCCUGCAGAGCCCCAGCUUACGGCUUUACUUCUCCUUCUACGUGGGCAGUAAGAUCCUGGAGGACAGGAGCACAUCCUCCGAGUACCACAUACCAAGGGCUGAAUGGAAAGAUGAUGGAUCGUACUGGUGCGAGGUAGCCACAGAGGACGGCCGUGUCCUUAAGCGCAGCACCAAGUUGGAGCUAUUUGGUCCCCAGUCAUCAGAUCCUGUCUGGUUUCACAUCCUAUUUUAUCUGUCAGUGGGAAUAAUGUUUUUGGUGAACACGGUUCUCUAUGUGAAAAUACACAGGCUGCAGAGAGAGAAAAAAUACAAUUUAGAAGUCCCUUUGGUUUCUGAGAAGGGGAAGAAAGCAACUUCCUUUCAGCAAGUGAGAAGCGAUGACGUGUAUGAAGAAGUAACAGCCACUGUAAGAUAGGCCACCCCAAAAGAAGCUCCUGAAGGACCUCAAAACUCAGGUGACCCUGGACCUUAGCAGCCUGAACCACUUCCUCUCUGUGGCAGUACCGUGGCACAAACUUCCCAAAUUGACCCUGAAACUGUGGGACCAUGGCACACAACUCUUAAAUAAAGCAAAUAUUCAGACUGA